UUGAACAUAUGACAUAUGACACUGUAACGCAAGCCGUGAAGUCUGACGUGCUGAUCAUUUCACUGGGAGAGAGGAUGUUCCUCAAAAAUGGAGAAGUUCGACGACAUCAGGCAGACAUCAGAAAUAAGAUGAGGGAACUUGCCAGACUUGUUCUUGUAGCAAGAAAAAUGGACAAUGACAUUGUUUUUUUGAAGGACUUGAUCACCCCAGGAAAGUUUAACACAGUACUUGAGGCUGUUAAACAAAUGACGGGGUUCAAUACCUUAACAAAUAGAUUCUCUAUUCCCUCGACGGCACUUAAACUGCGCCAUUCCCUUGUGAAGGUGUCGUAUAUCUUGCAAGGAGAUGCUAUACGCCAAGAGGACGAUGCCUUAAAAAGAAGAGUUGAGCAAUUCAUUAAAUUAAUUGAACUGGAAUGGACAACGCAUGUGUCAACCAAUGCACUGAAAACCUUAUGUCAGAAGAAAUGGAACAGCCCCACUGUGCUACCUCUAACUGAAGACAUUAGGAAGCUCCAGGAUCAUCUGAAAUGCCUUGAAGUGGCCAACAAAAAAGCUCUCAUUGACAAGCCAUCCAAAAAGUCAUGGAGUGAGCUCUCUCAAGUCACUCUGACACAGCUCAUAUUAUUCAAUCGACGUCGUGAAGGAGAAGUUUCCAGAAUGGAAGUUAAAACAUACCUGGAGAGAAACAAACACAGUAUGCAGGAUGAAAUUCUGGAGAGCCUGUCCCCUUUUGAGAAGAAAUUAUGUGAGAAUCUCAUCAGGGUAGAGGUACGGGGAAAAAGGGGUCGCAAAGUGCCAGUGCUCUUCCCAACAAAUGUAAGACAGUCUGUGGAACUUCUGAUAAAAACUAGAGAAGACGUUGAGAUUUCCCCGAGCAACCCCUACAUUUUUGCCCGUCUUUAUUAUGGAUCUCAGGAGAACAUUCGUAGAUGUGACAGCUUAAAACGGUAUGCAGAUUGCUGUGGAGCUGAACACCCAGAAAAUAUCACAUCCACCAAAUUGAGAAAGCAUGUUGCCACAGUGUCACAGCUCCUUAACCUUCAAACGCAUGAACUAGACCAACUUGCAACUUUCAUGGGACAUGAUAUACAGGUCCAUAGAGAUUUUUACAGACUACCUGAGGAAACUCUCCAAAUGGCAAAGAUUAGCAGACUUCUUUUUGCUCUGCAAGGUGGAAUAAGCAAAUUCAAGGGAAAAUCCCUGGAAGAUAUAACACCAAACAUCAACUCUGAAGAGGACUGUAGUGACUCAGAUCCAGAGGAUAUCCAGUCUGAGAGGACUACUAGCACAAGUCAAAAAGGACACUCAGAGGAUGAACAUUCUUAAGAAGCGACGUCUACUUCAACAAAGAAAAUUAAUGGCAUUAAGAAAUCAUCAUUGCCAUCAAUUCAAAAGGGGAAAUCCAGAAGGCCCUGGUCAAAGACUGAGAGAGAAAUUGUUGAACACCAUUUCAAGGACUUCCUGAAGGAAAUGAAGACCCCUGGAAAAGUGGACUGUCAGAGAUGCAUAAAUGAAAAUCAGACUCUAAGGGAUAAUGGAAGAGACUGGAAAGCCGUAAAAUACUUCGUGCACAACAAAAUAAUAACCAUCAAGAGAAAUUUGGGCCAACAAUAUUAUGAACAAUGACACUGGAUAUUGUGGAGCAUCAACGCUACGUGCCUAAAUGCUGGGAGCUUGCAUUAUGAAGCGUCAGUGCUACGUGCCUGAAUACUGGGAGCUCGCAUUAUAGAGCAUCAAUGCCACGUGCCUAAAUACUGGUAGCUCGCAUUAUGGAUCAUCAAUGCUACGUGCCUAAAUACUGGUAGCUCGCAUUAUGAAGAAGCAAUGCUAUGUGCCUGAAUACUGGGAGCUCGCAUUAUGGAGCAUCAGUUCAAGGGUUACAACAUUGGUAGUUCAUAUAAAUGGAGCAUCAGUGUAAGGGUUACAACAUUGGUAGUUCAUAUAAACGGAGCAUCAGUGUAAGGGUUACAACAUUGGUAGUUCAUAUAAACGGAGCAUCAGUGUAAGGGUUACAACAUUGGUAGUUCAUAUAAACGGAGCAUCAGUGUAAGGGUUACAACAUUGGUAGUUCAUAUAAACGGAGCAUCAAUGUAAGGGUUACAACAUUUCUAGCCCAUAAUAACAGAGCAUGAAACAACAGAACAACUGUUAUUGACUUUGUUUACUUACUUUUUUUUUUACUUUUUACUAUUCAUAGAAGCACUCAUCACUGAGGAUGUAAAGUCUGCACUACC